UGGAGGAAGAACUGCUGAAAUCGAUGAAGCGUUAAUAUUCAUGAUUGCCAGAGACAAUCUUCCUUUGCGAACAGUCGAACGUGAUGGAUUUGUCCACUUCUGCAAAGUGACAAUUUCUUUGUACAAGCUUCCGUGAAGGAAAAAAGUCACGGAGAUGAUUGAUGCAAAGUUCGAAAUUUUAAGUGGUGUGGUGAAAACUGCUCUUUCCAAGGUUGAAUCGUGUUCCUUGACCGCAGAUAUCUGGACUGAUACUGGAAACAAUCAGAGUUACCUAGGUGUAACGGCACACUAUUUAGACGAAGCUGAAUUGAAAUCGAUGGCCCUAACUGCCCACCCACUUGAUCAAGCGCACACAAAGGAGUAUAUAGCAGGAAUGCUACGGAACGUUUGUGUUGAAUGGAACAUUGAUCUGGACAAAGUAUCCGUUAUAGUUACGGAUGGGGGAGCCAACAUCGUGUCUGCUGCAAAAAAUGUUUUUGGAGAUGCGAGACAUGUUAUAUGUGUCGACCACAGCUUGAGUCGCAUCACCACUGUUGCUAUUGACCAAUCGCCUCUAUUUGAAAUUCUUCUGACGAAAAUACGGUCCAUCGUAGCUUUUUUCAAGAAAUCCAUCAAUGCUGCGGAUGAGAUUCGCGCCCUGCAGCUCAAAGAGGUUAGCUCCGAUGCCGACAUAUUAAAGCUAAUCAAGGAUGAGCCUACCAGGUGGGGCAGCAACUACGCGAUGCUGGAACGCUUCAUUAAGCUUGCAGAUAAGGUUAGUUUAAUACUUUUGCGGUAUACUUCCGUUCAAAUGUUAACCGGCUCAGAACUGGCGGCGGCUACUGAGGGGCGCGAUUUACUGCAACCUGUGGCUCAUACGAUAACUGAGCUGGAAGGUGAAACUGUUUCCCUUUCAGGGAAGGUGAUCCCGUUGUUAAAGAACAUGAAAAGGAAUAUCGACUCAAUGAGUCCUACUACCGAGCCAGUCAGACAAUUGAAAACGAUGUUUCAGGCACAAUAUGAGCGAAAAUUCAAGGAUAUAGAAUUCGUAGAUACAUUUUCUAUUGCGACGCUGUUAGAUCCCCGUUUUAAAACCCUCUAUCUCUGUCCGUUAGCUCAUGCAAAGGUGCUUAAAAACGUAUCCGAUAUGGUUCAAAUUGCAAACAAAAACUCAACGACUAAUCCUAAUAAAAUUUCAUCGUUUGCACCGAAAGCCGGGUCGAACAAUUUAUGGAAUUUUCACCACCAAAUGAUAAGCAAUAAAAAAAAUUUCUCGAUAUUGGCGACGUCAGUUAAUAAGAUCGUAAUUAUUGAACUUCAAGGUGCACGAAUCAUCUUUGAACCAUGAGCCUGAUACCCCUGGA